AUGAAUUCAAUUAAUAAUAAUAAUGCAUUAAAUCUUUCUAAUUCAAUGUCAACUGCCAUCAGCUCUGAUUUAGUUGGCGAAUCUUUUUCUCAGGAAGAGGAAGAAGAGGAAUUAAUCGCAAAAUUAUUCUUUAAUAUUCCGUUUCUUGACAAAGAAAUAAUAAAAGCUUAUGAAUAUUAUAAGACUUUAGAUGCUAUUAGUAAUAAAAGUAGCAAGGAUGAUAAUAACGAUGACGUUGAUGUUGAAAUUAUAAUUAAAGAUGACUCUAUAUUUUCAGAAUCAAAAAACACAGACACAAUUGAAAAUAAUUUUGUCAUCCCUUUAUAUGGAUGUGAUAAAGACAAUUAUUGUUAUAAGUUAUGGAAAGAGCUGCAGGAUUUAAAGCAAGAACAAGAUCAACAAGGAUUGAAUCAAGAGCAGGAAGAUCUAAAGCAGCAAAGGCAACAAGAAAGUGAUAUUAGUGAUGAUGAUAAGGAUGAUAAUUAUCAAAAUUUAAGAAAUAAAUUAGUCCCAACAAGUCAAGAAUUUCAACAAUUUAUAACAAAUUGCUUAGAUAAACUAAUCAUUUAUCAACCAGAAAAUUCUUUUAAAUUCUUAGCAACAUUUGACAAAGCUGAAUCAGAAUUGGCACAGUAUAAAUAUGGAAUUUAUAAUAUGAGAAUUAUUGAUCAAUUAAAAAAAUUAAGCGAAACUUUUAAAUUAAUAAUAUUAGCUACAAAUCAAAAAAUCUAUUACAACCACAGCCAACAAAAACAAAGACUUGGUGAAGAUGAUGGGCGACAACAAAAAUCAUCGUUGUUUUUAAAAGGAAAUUUAUCUGAUUUUCCAUAUGAAUUAUGUUAUAAAAGUGUUUCUUCACCAUUAUGGUAUUCGUUUGUUAAAUAUAGAUUUGUUGUUUCCAAAAAGCCACAACAAAAUUAUCAAAACUAUCAAUUAUUUACUACAUUUAAAUCUAAUGAUAAAAGUUUUUUUGGUAGAAUGGUUACACCAGAAUUUGAUGAUGAUCGUGGAGAAAAUUUUGAAUUCAAAAUUUCAGAUCAAGGUAGAUCCGCAAGAGUAUCAAGAUUUUUUUAUGUAUUUUCUAGAGAUGACCAAUUAUGGAAGAAACAUUGUUUGGAUAAAUGGGGAGAUAAUAAAGAAGUAAUGAGAAAUUUCGUAUUUAGAGGAAAUUGGUUAUUAACAUACUUAUUUCCAAAUUUAUUAUCAGAAAAUGAAGAAAAAGAAAAAGUGUGGUCGCAUCCUAUUUGUAAACCAUUAAGAUUUACCGGAGAUUUUUUACCUAAUUAUUCAUGUGUACCACCAGAGUUGAAAUUUCCAAUUGAGGAUGGAAAAUUACUAACAAAAGAAAAAUUUGAAUCAUUAUAUGAUUCACAAUCUAUACCUGUAUUAAUUAAAAAUUGUGACGUUGAAGAAUGGAAGGCAUGGAAAAAUUGGCGAUUUGAUGAAUUCACUAAAAAAUAUGCUAAAUCAAAAUUUAGGAUAGCAAAUGAAGGAGGAGGGAAAUAUAGAUAUUUAUCAAUGACUUUGAAAUCUUAUUAUGACUACAUCAAUAAUCAACAUGAUGAAGCGCCUUUAUACAUAUUUGAUCCAAGAUUUGGUGAAGAAUAUCCUCAAUUAGUUGAAGAAUAUAAGAUUCCAAAAUAUUUUGAUCAAGAUUUUUUUUCAGUACUAGGAGAUAAGAGACCUCCUUACAGAUGGAUAAUUAUUGGGCCUGCAAGAUCUGCUUGGAACACUGUUAUAGAAGGAAGAAAACGCUGGGCAUUGUACCCCCCAGACAUGUUUCCUCCAGGGCUGUCAAUAUCAAGUACGAUAAUUAACGGUCAUCAAUCAAUCUAUCAUUCAAGUGUUAUUGAUGACUCUAGAGAUACAACCACAUCAUUAUUCUGGUAUCUUGAAGUUUAUCCUCAAUUACCACCUGAAUUAAAACCGAUUGAAAUUAUACAAGAACCGGGUCAAACAAUAUUUGUAUUGAAUCUUGAUAAUUCAAUUGCUGUCACUCAAAAUUUUGUUAAUCUCCAUAACCUUGAAAAUGUAUGUGAAUCAUUAAUUACUGAAGAAAAAGGAAAAAAGGAUUAUCCAUACUUUGAAAAAUUUUUAUCAAGAAAACUAUUAAUGCUUGAUGAUAAUACAGAUGAUCUUAUAAUAGUUCAAGAAGGUUUUUCAUCCAAGGCUGAAUUUAUUGAAGGAUUUAAAAAUUUGGACAUUUGGAAUGAUAGAAUAAUUAAAGUAUUGAGCAAACAUAAUUUAAAUGAUAAUGAAAGGAUAAAAGUGGUUUCUAGUGGUCAAAAUCCUGUUUUUCGUACAUCAAAAUUAAUUAUAAAAUUUUAUUCACAUUUAUUUAAUGGAUUAAAAAAUUUUGAUUCAGAAACAAAUUCUUAUUUUUUAAUAAAUAAUUACUUGCCGUCAAAAUAUAAAAAUUAUUUUUCUAAAAUCUUGGGUUCAGGUUAUUUAUAUGAUGUUGAUGAUAAUGUUGAGGGUGACGAAAAGAAAAACAACAACAAUAAAUAUCAAUGGCCAUAUAUUAUAAUUGAUGAUGUUAGUAAAAGUUCUGAUUUUCAUGAUUACAUUUCUAAUCAAAUUUCAAAAGCUUUAAAUAAUCACUUAAGUUGGUUAAUUUUUCCAAUACAUUUAAUUUUACAAAUUUCUGAUUACUUACCAAAAUCACCAUUAGAAUUAUAUGAUCCAAAUUUAGACGGCGAAAAUUUUGCAGGAUUACUGCAUGGUGACUUGAAUUCAGAAAAUGUUUUAGGAAUGAUUUCAGAAACUAAUGAUGAUGAUGAUAUUGAUGGUUCAUUAAACAAACAACAACAAUGGAAACCAAACAGAAUAAUAGAUUUGGGCGAUUCUUUAUUAUUUGGAGGCGAUCCAUUAUUUGAUUUAAUUCCUAUUUACAUUUCAAUCUUUAAUUCAAUGUGGUACACUUUAUUAUGGAGCUAUGAAGGUGCAGCAAAAUAUACAUUAAAACAUUUUCCUGAUAUCAGAGAAUGUAAGAAUUGGGAAGAGGUUGAAGACUUGGUUUGGGAUAUUGAAAUAUGA